UCGACCAUCGGCUAUAGUAGCGAUCGUUGUGCGUUCGAUUUCGCAGCCAGCUCCAGGUCCAGGCUCAGGCCCAGCCAGACACACUCUCUCGUUCUUCGUCGCCCUCUUCGCAGCAAGCCGAAAAGAAAAGUGAGAGUGUUGUCCACCGAGACUACCCGGCAAGAAAGAAAGGAAUCGAAUUCGAGGCGCUAAAGCGUUACACGCAAGUUCACGGUCACGGCCAGGAAGUGUGUGCGUGCGUGUGUUAAUCAGUGAGUGAAAGUGAAGUCAGUGAGCACCCAGCAAGUUACAACAAUCAUGCUGCAAUCGACGAAAAUGGUGGCGAUCGCCACCGUAACAAUCGUGAUCGUGCUGCACAUCGCGGGAAGUAACGCCGCUGUCCCGUCCUCCAUCAAAGUAUGCUCGAGAAACGAUCCCGACCUGAACCGUUGUGUCACCGAGUCCGUCAACGAUCUGCGGCCGCGGCUGGCGUCGGGCAAAAUUUCCGACGAGUUCCGAAUCCCGCCACUGGAACCGCUCGCCCUGUCCACCGUCAACAUGGACCGUGGGGCAGAGUUUAAGGCCACCUUCAGUGAACUGCUCGUGUCUGGGCCGAGCAAGUUCAAGAUCGACAACUUGAAGGUGAACAUCGAAAAGCUGAUCUUCGACUUUAACAUCUUCCUGCCGAAGCUGUCCUUCAAGGGAAAGUAUGACCUGAAGAUCAAGCUGCUACUGCUGAACAUUGCCGGCGUUGGCGAUCUUACUGGUAUUAUCGAAAACAAUCACGCCCGCGUGAAGCUCCUCUGCGAGAAGUACACCAAGGACGGCCAGGAGUAUAUGCGCGUGAAGAAGCUGCUGGUGCGCAUCCAGAUCGAGAAGGGCCGGUUCGACAUGAAGGACCUGUUCCGUGGCGAUCCCGUCCUCAGCCAAGCCGGCAACCAGUUCAUCAACGAGAACUCGCGCCUCUUCCUGGACGAGCUGACGCCCGGGCUGGAGCGCAGCCUGUCGGACACGUUCAAGGCCACCGCCAACGAGAUCAUGCAGCAGGCCACCUUCGACGAGAUCUUCCCGGCGUAAGGCGACACUGUUUGGUGAUCGUGUGAGCGAGUGAGUGAGUGAUGAUCUGUGAUUCUUGUGAUUGCGCCUACCUGUCCCGGACACGUCAACUCCAAGAGAUGACACGGUUUCGGCGAUGCGCAGUCGUUCGCGUAGCAUUAGUGAAGUACCUUUUUUGAUAGCUCUAGCAGGCAUGCUCAGCAAAGGCAGAGGGGGAUAUAAUAAGGGUUGUUUGUGCAAUAAACUUACUAUCGCUGGAAAUCGCUCCGAGCCGUCCGUCGGCUGAGAGCGCUCGGAAGCGGAAGUAGCUGUAACUGAA